ACAACCUUAGACCCCAUUCCAGAAUUCGCUGUAGCUGAGACACAGAAGUUCAGGUCUGAGCUUAUGAGGAAGCUUUUGAAGGACAAGGAUACAUUCGGGGAUGACCUUGAUGAGGUCAUAGAUAUCUGUACAGAGAUAUUUAGUGAAUUCUUGCACAAGGAGUAUGGAGGACCAGGGACAUUAUUGGUGGAGCCUUUCACAAAUAUGUUGGUUGCUCUCAAGCAGAAACAGUUACCUGGAGCACCUUUGGCUGCAAGGGCAUCCCUGUUAUGGGCACAAAACUACGUCGAUCAGGACUGGGAAGUUUGGAACUCCAACCUACCGAAUUGAUUUCUCUUCAUAAUUUUAUAUUACUAAAAGUCAAAAUUCCGUGUUGUAAUUAAACUCAUGGUCAUUGGGACGAACUCACAAGAAAAGGUCGAGGCAAGUUCUGUAUAUUUUUCAAAAUAUCACUUUCAAUACAGUAAGCGCCCCUUUUGUAUCCACAGUGAGAUGUUGUCCCACUAGAAAUUAUUUGAAUUUGGAGCUGUGGUUGAUGAUGGAUUGAAAUCUUGGUACCUUCAUGGAUUUGAGGAAUCCUUCUGCUCAUCUUGGGAGUCCAUCUAUGUGGAUCAUCAGGGUAUGAAAGUGGCAAUCCUUUACUUUAUCCAACAAGUCUGACACACACCAUUGUACAAUUGAAUGGUGAAAUUACCAGUCAGCUUCCUGCCUCAGAGAUGCUCUGCAAUGAGGGGCGCCAAGAUUUUGAUCUCAUUACUGCUGAGUUCGUUGAUGGUGUCCUUCCUCGCUGUCUUUCAUGUUUCAUCACCUGAAAGUUUUGGCAUGUUUAUAUGAUCAGUACAGAUGGAUGACAACAGCUUCUUUUCAAAUGGAAGAUGAGUACUUUAUGCAGGUAAUAUCUCUUAUGUGGAUAUACCAUCAGCAGAACCUCUGCCAGUUUAGUUGGUCAUUUUCCAUUCUGAGAACUAGAUCGCUUAUUUGUUAAUGUCGAAAUGAUUGUGAUAUAUAUAGUUGAAUGACAUAACUAUAUGUGUUUGAUGUAAUCAUAUAAUGGUACUUCGACAAGAAGGAUUUCAAGCUCAUAUAAUGUUUACAGCUGUCAUAAACACAGAUAAUUCAAGCAGGCAUGGUUUUGGAUUA